AUGAGACUUAAACGGAAAGAAGUUUUCAUUGUUUUUUAUGAUGUUGAUAAUUAUGAUCCAGUAAACAAUUUGGUUGGAAGACGCGAUUGGUUUAAACCAGGUAGUAAAAUCUUAAUAACAACCAGAGAUAAACAAGUCCUUGGUACUAAAGUAGAUCGUGAUGCUAUAUAUGAACGAAAGGAUUUGGAUUCUAAUGAGGCUUUUAAACUUUUCUCUUCACAUGCCUUCGGAAAAGACUGCCCUGUCCCUCACUCAAAACUAGGAAGGCUGGCAAAGAAAGUGACUCACAGGGCAAAAGGAAAUCCAUUGGCCCUAAUACAUUUGGGUAAUUCCGCCGUGUCUGGUAAGGAAGAUCCAGAAGCUUGGGAAAGCCUAUUGGAAAACCUUCAAAAAUCACCUGAUCCACACAUAAACGGUGCCCUAAAAUUAAGUCUUGAAAGACUUGAUGAGGCAGAGAGAGAGUUUCUCGGAUAUCGCAUGUCUUUUAACUGCUCACGAUAA